AUGGCGGAGCGCGAUAUCCAGCAGCUACUGCGUCGUUCCUCUUCGCGAACCUCGUCCACCUCGCGGCACAGUCAAAGAGCUAAGACCGUUCGUGCUCGAUCUCAGAAGCGCCAUUCUGCCUCCUCCAAUGCCACCACCACCGACCUCACCUCCUUCCCCUCCCUCUCGCCGGACCGCUCACCCGACGGCUUCGUCGGCGAACCUGCGCUGAAUCGCGCCUUGACGAACGCAUUGCUGGACGGGGACGCGGAAGAGGGUUCCGGCGAUGUCGCCCGUGACCGACGGUCCACCCUAGCCAAGUUGACUGGGGCGGUCCCCGCGAACUCUGGCCGUGCCGCCUUGUUCGACGAUUCGUUCACCACGCAUGAUUUCCCCGGUGCGCUGCACCUAGCUGAUGACUCGAAUAUUGAACGGUUAAUAGCCAGUAUGGGCGCAGUGAAGCUGGUCAGGCAGUUUGCCCGCGACCUGGCGCAGCGGGAUGCAGAGAUUUCGGCGCUGCGUCAGCGAGCGGAUGCUAGAGAGCGGGAAUUGAAGAGGAUGCUCCGUGAGGUUUCCGUCUCCAACCAGGAUAUUGAGCGAAGGCUGUAUGCGCUGGAGAAUGCUCCGCGCAAGAAUUCGGACGGUGAGGACGCUGAAAACGAUGCGGAGCAGGCAGGCCAUCGGGGGCCAGGGGUUCACGGGCUCAUGCAACAGGCGAUGAGCGACGGGUUGGGGUUACGGCUACAUGAGGACGACUCGGUGCACUCUUCAGAUCACGUCCAAGCGACUGUUCGUGGGCCGCAGCUCUCAGAGACUGACUCGCGCUCAGGCACGUCAAGUGUCGAUUCAGGGACUACCCGAAAGAGACAGAGCUCUGUUCGCGGUUGGCAGGAUUAUAUCUUCGGCAGUGGCACCGCCAGUCGGAAGACUAGCAGAGCGAGCAGUAUCAUGGACGAUGUUGGGGAAGUCGAGGAGGAUACCCAACAUCGGCGUGUUUCAAACAACAAUCGCCGGAAAGCGCUCGAUGAGCAGCUCUUUCAACCUCCUGGCGAACGUACGGGAGGUGGCAUAGCUGCAAAACGUGCAGUUGCGGGAGUAGUCAGUGGAGACGAUGCUAGCACUCAUUCCCGCAAAUCUUCAAAAUCAAUAUCGUCGUGGACCGUCAGACUGUUUGCUGGAGGCUCUCAGAAUAGUCGAGAUGAAAAUGACGCGGGAUCAAUCCGCAGCAGAGCUUCCUCCAUCCAUCAGGACAAGACUAGAGGCUCCUCAUGCACGUCCGCAAAUCCCAAAACGACACUGUCAGCGGUCGCAGCCUUGAAACGGAUCAACAGCAACACGAGCAUACACAGUGCGCCUGGCAGAUCUACCAAUGGGCCCACUGGGACCGGCAGAUCAACGGCUCCUUCUGGUCGACGACAUGCAGCCUCAAGCGUAUCUCAAGCCGCAAGCUCCGAGGCAGGCGACAAGAGCUCCACGAAUCUGGGGCCAGUCGAAAUGGAUGCCAUUCUUCCCAUGGAGUCUCGACCUCCAACCCUUUCUUAUAUGUAUAACAACUAUCAGCCUGGCGAGCUACUCACCGAUCGGUUUGGCUUCAUCUACGACCAGCGUCGGAAAAAGAGGCAGAGAGAAGCUGCUAUGUCCAAGAAUAACAGCAAUCGUCUGAGCAUCGCUGAAACACUCAGCAGCUUCCGCACCGAAACAUCAGAUGGAGAUGACGAUGCUGACGUUCAAAACUCGUUGCUACGAGCUGCGGAGCCUCAGCGCUCACCCUGCUCGGCUUCACCCGACGAUCCAGAAGCUGGAGCUGUGGCCAUACGAAAAUGGCAGGAUUAUCUAAAGUUUCCAACUCGGCCAACGGAGUUACUGUCCCACACCCCAUCAGCCGGCCCUAUUGUGUCACUUACCACCGCAAGCGAGCCUCCGCCGCGUAGUACUGCAGUAGCGGUUGACCGACAUGGCUCGCUUUCCGUCAAUCCAAAUGCUCCGCCAUCUGCAUCUACAUCCACGGUCGUCGCUGAUCGUCCAGAAUUUGCGGGAACAUCCGCCGAUCAGCCCACGACUGCAGCCGCGCCGAGUGCGUCCGCAGAGAAUGAACCAGUCAAAUUGCUUCUUGAGCAAUUGACAGAGCUCCACGAUACCCUACAGCGGGACAGGACCGUCAGAUGGAACGAGUUCAUGCGCAAGGUGCGCGCAGAACGCAGAAAGGAGGGAGAAGCUGCUGCUGCUACGACUUCUACUCGAGCUGCGCAGUCCGUCGAUACACCUGAAGCAUCUCUGGCUGUCGGCGAGGUAGUAGGAAUAGCCAAUCUGGGGAACAAGGGCAAGGUUGGUCGUGCAAAGUGGCGGGAGUUCCGAUCGCUCGUUCUUGGCGGGAUUCCCGUUGCUCUGCGGGCGAAGAUUUGGUCUGAAUGCAGCGGCGCAUCCUCCAUGCGAGUGCCUGGUUAUUAUGAUGAUCUGGUGGCAGGUAUCGGUGACAGCGAACCGGACCCAUCGGUUGUGGCGCAAAUAGAUAUGGAUAUCAACAGGACGCUGACCGACAACGUAUUUUUCCGCAAAGGUCCCGGCGUCUCUAAAUUGAGAGAGGUGCUACUGGCAUACUCACGCCGCAACCCGGAGGUGGGAUACUGUCAAGGGAUGAACCUUAUUGCUGCUUCGCUGCUUCUCAUCACCCCAACCGCAGAGGACGCUUUCUGGAUUCUUGCCUCGAUGAUCGAAAACAUCCUCCCUCAGCAUUAUUACGAUCACGGAUUACUCGCUUCACGAGCCGAUCAGGUAGUCCUGCGGCAGUACAUCUCCGACGUACUACCCAAACUAGCCGCACACCUUGACUCGUUAGGCGUCGAGCUCGAAGCCCUGACAUUCCAAUGGUUUCUCUCCGUCUUCACCGACUGCUUGUCCGCCGAAGCCCUCUAUCGCGUCUGGGAUGUGGUGCUCUGUCUCAACGUCACCAGUGUCGUGACUCCCGGAACUGGAAGUGGCUCCAACUCUUCAACCCGGGAGACCAACGAUGCAAGCAAUUCUUCUGCCCAGGACAUCGCAUCCGGAAGCGGCGGCGGCAGCACGUUCCUUUUCCAGGUCGCUCUCGCCCUCCUGAAACUCAACGAGCAGCAGCUCUUGACCACCUGCUCCACCCCGGCGGAACUAUACACAUACAUCAACCACCAAAUGACCAACCACGCCAUCAGCAUCGACGGGCUCAUCCAAGCCAGCGAGGCCCUCCGGAACGUCGUUCGCCGCGAAGACGUUGUGGCUCGACGGGCAGAAGCCCUGCGAGAAAUGAGGGAACUCGGCGGACCGACCCAGUCAGCGGACGCUGAAGCCAAUCCCGCCUGA